AUGCAGGCUUCACAGAGCAGACAAAAGGCUUAUGCAGACCGCAUGAGGUGGCCCUUGGAAUUCAAGGCUAGAGAUCACAUGUUCUUGAGGGUGACCCGAACCACUGGUGUGGGAAGGGCUCUUCGUUCAAGAAAGCUUUCUCCUAAGUUCCUUGGCCCAUAUCAGAUCUCAAGGAGGAUUGGACUAAUGGCUUAUGAGAUAGCUUUGGCACCUCAGUUGGAAAAUCUUCACCCGGUAUUUCACGUGUCGCAGUUGAGGAAGUAUGUCUUUGAUCCCUCUCAUGUGCUAGAAGCAGAGGAUGUACAGAUCAGGGAUGAUCUCAUUGUGGAAGUACCAUCAGUGGCUCUAGAGGGUAGCAAAGUUGAGGAGGAAAACCAGUCAGUCUAG